AUGUGACGUCACUGCGCUGCCGGAAGUAGCGGUAGGAAAGAUGGCGGCGCCGCGGGAGCCGGUGGAGGAGGCGGCGUUUGCGCGGCGCAUCGACCCGGAGCGGGAGCCGGGGCUGAGCCCCGAGCAGCGCCGCUUCAUGGCGCAGGUGGAGCGCGCCCAGCGGCAGCGCGUCCUGCAGCGCCGGCUCCGCAGCCGCAACGUGUUACUGGCGCUCGGCAUCGGCGCGAUCACCGCGGGGAUCUACGGGUUCACCUUCUACUCCGUGUCCCAGGAGCAGUUCCUGGACGAGCUGGAGCAGGAGGCGGUGGCGGCGCGGGCACGAGCCUGGGAGCGGCAGAAAAGCGCCCCGAGCUGAGCACGGCCCGGCCCGGUGACGGCCUCGAGGGGACCCGAGUGCGGCCGAGAACCGCAAGGACCGCGCGGCCCCGCAGCUCGUUACGGCGCCGGGGCACCUGCAGGCGGGGCCCUGCGUCCUGGGUCACCCACAGCGGGUCCUGGCUGGGACACGCGCUCAGUGGGGUUGGGCCCCUGCUGCCUUCCCACAAUAAACACGUCUAGAGCUGGUCGGUGCUCGCUGCUA